AAUACUCAUGCCAUAUGCCGCAUGUGUUCGUUUCUUUGAGCGAAUAUUAUCGCUCAUAUCAAUUGUACCUAAUAUUACCCGCCAACGGCUACCAUCAGAUAUAAGGUUAUGUAGUAGAUGUAGUAGUGUUAGUGUUUAUGUACAUUUAAAGCAGACCAUUAAGAUUGAAACAUAGAAAAUAUUUUCUUACAACUAUACAUAGCGUAUUUGUUUAUGUAAAAAUUAUAAAAUUUGACACAAUUUUGAAUACGGUGAUAUUUUCACCGUAUUCAACAUGGAAGUAGCACCAAUGGGCAACUUGUCCUGUAGCAAGGAACUGUGGUCUAUCAUAUCCAGCACAACAUGUUGUUGUGCUAAAGAGACUGUUGAAGAAGAAAUAAAAAAUAGCACUGUUUUACUUAAAGAAGGACUUCAGUUUUUUAAGCCAUAUACAGAUGCAUCAUUACAAAGCAUUUCCAAAAGAGAUCCACCUCCUCUACAGCAAAUGUAUGAUUUGAUAAGUAAACUUGCUCCACUCCUUAAUCUAGAUGCUACAAUUACCUGGGACCUGGUGUGCAAUUUUGUGUCCUACGAAUACAGAAAUUGCGCUGAGACCUUUGCAUCACAAUUAUCUGAUCUUACUUCUAUAAGAGCAUUAAUCGAUGAUAUCUGGAAUUUUUAUUACUCUGAAAGAGUGACUCUGAUAAAAUGCCUUAAACUUAUGAUUGAAUAUAAAGAUAACAAAAGACAUCCUCAUCACAAGGAAUUUGCAAAAUUUUUUAGUGAGGUGCUAAUGGGAAAUUUACUCGAGUCUCUACGAAAACAAAUAGAAGCAUUGAAAUUUGUAAUUUCUCCUAUACGAUCGCAAUUCUGUACAGAAGAUCAUUUACAUCGAUUGUAUAAUAGUACUUUAAUUGAAAUGCGCGAGCUACUUCAUAUACUGACUGUGAUUGUAAAUGAUGUACAUAUUCCUGGUUACGAAUUUGCUAAGUUAUAUGGCAGUAUUGGGGGUGAACCUAGACGAUUAGUCAGUACAAAAAGUCAUGAAGACAAAGAAGCUAUCACUAAAAAACUUGAAGAAAUACAGUAUAGUCAGACAGCAUUGUUCCUUGUAACACUGGAUGUAAACAAGCAUGCUGAUAUGGAAGAUUGGAUAAAUGGUGUCAGAAGUAAUAUGCAAGAAAUCUUUGAACACAAAUGUGUCCGUGAAAGUUUACCACAAGAUGGACCGUUACUUCUAUCAUGGAUGUUAGCAAAUUAUGCGAUUGAUCCAGAUAACAUGGACAUGCUAAAUCGCUACAAGCCGUUUGGUAUCAAAGCCAUACAAUUGAACGUAUUCCAGUAUCUGCGAAAUUUAAUAAGCUGCGAAAUGUUUCAAGAAGAAACUCAUUAUGCUGAAAUCGUGCGAAGCAGCACUUACAAUCUUCUCUCUUUGAUGUGCGUCUUUGUCGAUGAAGAACGAUUAAGUGGUUUAAAUGGUAUAUUCGAUGCUUUGGCUGCCAUAGUCAAAUUUCCAGAAUGUGCAGCUAGAUUCUGGAAUGAAUCAUCCGACAGUAUACAGUCGAUUUAUAAAGUUGCCAAAGAAUUAUAUCCUUACAAAUUUGAACCGUUAACCAAUAUAGCUAUUGGUCUAGCAUCUUCAACAACUACGAAUGCUAAAAAGAUUGCGUCGGAAUUGGAUAAUUUACAAACAGUAACUAUAGAGAUUCCUCGUCAAAGAGAUUAUAAUAAGCCAUUACAGCCAUAUGAAGCGGAUUGUAUAAUUCAAAAGAACUCAUUUAUUAUACCCAGCAAUUGUGUACGCGAGAAUAUUACUGUGUUAUCAAAUGAGAAGGAAAUAGUUUUGUUUCGUACAAAGGCGAGUUAUUGGGAUGCCUUGCAUCAUAAAAUAGAACAGUUAUUUUCUCAAGCGAGCGGCGGAAUUGCAAAUAUCAGCGCAGUGAAGACUGACUUACCAGAAAAUGUUUGCCAAGGCCUGAAAUUGUUGGAAGCAUUAUUGGGUCAUGAUAUUGAGAUACCAUCGAGUAUGGUUGCUUCUACAGAGUUAAGUUUGGAAAUUAUCAAUCGAUUUUCAUAUCCGGUGCUACCAACAAACUUAUAUAGAAUUGUUGCCGUAUGCAUCAGCAUUUCAUCAAAAUUGGUCUUGAGGUAUCCCGAAGAUAUUAUUUCGCGAAUGCGAUCUGGUGUUUAUCCAAAAUUUAAUAAUUGGGAUCAAAAGCCAUUAGACUUCGCGGAAGCGAUUUCCUUCGAUAGUGGUCUCAUCGCGUCAUGGCUCUCAGGAAUAGAAACCAUUGAGCAUACGUAUCCCAUUCUACGCGCAUUUCUGGACACAUUGUAUAAUUAUUUAAUCGCCAAGUACAGUAAAGAGGCCAUGUACACUAUUGAAAUACCGGGUAUGGUAUUUCUACUGCAAGCUGUGUUACCCAAACUAGACUCGUGGUAUUUUGAAUCAAAUGCAGAAAGAAUCGAUUUAUGGUUGAAAAGUAUGUUUUGUAUUCAUCGAGCUUUGGAUUCAGCUUUACCGAAAAAUGACAUUCGCAAUGAGUUGCAACUUGUUGUAGUAUAUAGUCUACUCUACUUAGAGCCUCGUCACGCGUUAUUGAAAUUACUGCGAACGGGCGAACGCACAUUGCACAAUAAAAUGAUCACGGAGACAAAUUGGAUUAGUGGAAAAGGAUUCAAGAUUAUCAAAAGUGUAGAACUCGCUCUGUCGAUAGUCAAUCGACUGUUGAUGUUUAGAAAAUCUUUAGGUCUUGAAUUGAGCGACAGAUCACCCCUCGAAGUUGCUUUGUAUUCCUCUCCAAGAGUACCCAAUGGACUUCUUAUAGUACCAACUAUUGUCAAUUAUCUAUAUGUUUGGUUUAGCCCUUCGUUACAAAAAAUGGCUGUAAGACUACUGAAGAAAUUCGCGGAAGAAUUUUCCAUGUCUUUGCUUGUUUGCAUGGGAAUGGAUGGAACAUCUAUACGAGAAACUUUUGCAUUUCGAUUAACUCUACCGACAUGCGCGAUUGAAGUCAAAGUCGCUAUCUUAGAAUUAGUUGCCGUAUGUCUGGAGAAACAACCUGGUUUGACAGAAGCUCUCUUCAACAUUAUGCAUCAAGCAGAAUGCAAGAGGAUCUUCCCACGUCCAGCCGAUGAAUUUCUUACCGAGGGUUGCAGUCAAUUUUUGGAUUCAUAUUUAGAACGAAUGUACAAAGAAGACGACAUUGUAUGUGACAAAUUGUACGACAGCACGAUGACAGUAUUGCGCGCCAUGUGGUAUCACAGAAAUGAGAUCCUUGUCAAUUUCUUCCGGAAACGAGAAAAGUUCUGGAGCCACUUAUUUGCACCACUUUUCAAAACUUUGGUGGCGGGCGCAAAGGGUUAUUCUCAACUGUUAGAUGUAAUUACGCUAGAAUUAUAUAAAAGUCCAUUAUUAGAGAACAAUUUCUCAAAAAGUCUUAAGGAACUGUUGGACAAAUCCAAGGAUCAUUGGAAAAAAUUAGCUAUGUAUGUUCUCAAUGUUUCUGCAAAUAGCGAAAGCGAGAAUAGAGAACAACACGCAAGGCAGAACAGACUCAUAGAACCGUUGUAUGAAAUUAAUUUAGAAUCUUGGUAUCACUUUAUUGUUAUGCUCACUGAUGAUCGAACGGCGAAAAACUAUCCAAUUAACGUAACACAGGCGCAUCUCCUAACUCAACUAGCUUUGGAUUCUCUACUAAAGCGAGUAAAAGAACCUAAUGAUUUUAGCAGUGGCAAGAUCCCAAUGUUACUAGCUUCUUUAUCUCUGAGAUGUAUUACCUCCUGGAAACAGAUGUGCGUUGGUGACUCGAGGGAUUUUAAAACCAGGCUGUCGCAGCUCACGCAAGAAAUAGCACAAACUUAUCGCGGUUUUGGAAAAGCCCUACGGCAGACGAUGAUCUCGUUGCUGCUUGGAUGCGUACAACUGGUCAAAAGUACCUUGGCCGAAGACUCGGCAAGCCUGGAGUAUCUUUUAGCGCAUUCUUGUACAAUCGCUAUUUGUGAAUUAGAGGAAUUGAAGGAAGCUGCUCUUCAAUUGGAACGUCGAAAGCAACAAUUCUCUGUCGAGCUCAAAAUUGAUGAAAAAGAUACGCGGAAGAAGGCGGAUUGUCACAGCGCCGAGACACUUCGUGGUAUACGGGAAAGUCUGCCGGCAACAUUGGCUAUCAGCAUGGUGACGCAAUUGUUACGAUCAUAUGUCGAACGAAAUGCAAACUUCAAACAUCGCCUGAGAGCUAGUUGCGUGCAGCUUCGUCAGAUGAUACCUGAACUGAUGGUAUGCGUCGGUUAUACACUUCAGAAAUAUCCAUAUCUAAAGUUCAGUGCAGCGGCCCUGAGCCUGCUGGGCGUUAUAUCACGUUCACCAUACUGUCCAUAUCCUAUCAAUGAUAAUGACAUUGCAAAACUCUGGCUUAGCUUGAUUCCACCGGCAGACAUCUCCAAUAGCAUGCUCGACUCGCUGUACGACGAUUCGGCGAAUGGUCAAUGGCGUUGUCAGGAUUGGUGGCCAUUGUACACCUUGGGUUUAGAAUAUUUGAUAGGUCUGGUCAGCAAUGAGACCCGCAUGAUGUUUGUCAAUCAUAUAAUUGUUUUUUUAAAUUCUCAUGAACAUCAAUUGAUGGUGGUGUCUACAUUAUUAAGACACACUGCUGAUCUACUAGCUGCCGAUCUAAUACAAUCGCUGGUCGCACUUAUACAUGCCAUAGCCACGCAAACGUGUGUUUGGAAUGCGAUUCAGCCAAGUGUUCGCGAGACUCUUAUCAAAUGCAUGUAUUUGGCGUACGAUAGUACGGUGAACCUGUUGCUGAGGCCGCGGAUACUCAAAUUCAUCAUUGACGGUAUCAGCGUGGAAAGUGCUGAAGAACUCGAGUCCUGCGAUAAUCGAUUGCCCAGUGGCGAACUGAAACUGCUAGUGAACAAAUUGAUCGUGAUAAACACAACCUGCGCGCUAAGCUUCGUUCAUUUUUCACCGAAGCUGAACACUCUGGUGGAUACAAUAUAUACCCAGGACUAUUGGUACACGCCGAUGGCUGAGAUGAACUUUGGACCUCCGCAGAUGAGCAUGAACUCCGGUCCACGACUCACAUACGGCACGAUCAUCAGUUCGACGCAACUGUUUACCCAGGCUCUUCACUCUCGCUCGCAUCCCGUUGUUGCCUCAUUACCUGCGGCUUCAACGUCGCAUCCUGGACGCGAAGACAAAACGGAUUCGGCGAAGAAGGAAUGGGAACGUGCCGCACCAGAAAAUCUCCGGCGCAUGCAUACGAGCAAAGAUUUGCGACGAAUCAUUCAUGCGGCCUCUGGUUCCACCUCCAGAACGUCAUCCAACAUUGGUGGAGAAUUUCUAGGAUACGUCAGUGGCCUAGACGUCACCGUGCCAUUACUUAGCAGUCCUAGACUCGUACGUCGGCCCUACGAUCCAUUGAUAUGUGAAAACACUAUUCUUUCGAGAGCAACCGCUUUAGCGACUGGUAGACACGUCACGAAGAGUAGCGGCAGCGGGGCUGCGGGAGCUCCGGGUAACGGUAGCCCAAUCGUAGCGAGAAAUCACAGAUUCAGCGAUCCAUGGUUUGAAUCCAUGGAUGAGAACAAUACACGCUUGGCACUAGAAAUUAAUCUUAUUCUGAUACUGUCGCAGGCUUUAGAAGGGGUGAAAAACCCCAGGCUGGCUUUGCGAGAUCGUCAACUUAUAGCAAGAGAGACCGAUACCGAGCUAGGAGUUUUCUUCGAAUUUCUCGAACACCGCGGUACUCCUGAUAUCUGGCAGGUGAAGGGUUCUCUGAUAGAUGCGGAUACAAGAAGUUCCAGGACAAUUCAAGAUACGAGCGAUCCAACGCAAACGAAUUUACCGGCGAGACUCCAAAAGGAUAGUACUAUUGACAAAGCACCGGUGUGCUCGCCUGACCACGAAAAUUCUUCAUUGGAGAUGCACCAAACAGAGACACGAGAGAAAAGACUUGACGACAGUGUACUCACUACUGGCGUUUUCAAAACGAAUGUCAGCAGUGUACAGUUUUUACCAUUAAUGGGAAAACUGCUUAAAACAGUUGUCGAGUCGUUAGAUUUGGCACAAUUCCGAUAAACUAUAUUAAAACAUAAUUCUUAAUAUAUAAUUCAUCAUUUUUUUUCAAAUAAAAAGUAAAUUGAAUACUCUAAUGAAUAUAAAUGAUGAGUACAAAUUAAGACCUACGUUUUUAUACAUUACAAAUUAUCACUUUUUUUACAUAAUUGUGAAUAAAUAAUUUGACAAUUAAACAUGUAUAAUAUAAUUGAACA